AUCCAAUACACCCCUCUUCGUCGAUACAACUCGGCAUUUCUUUUGCUUCUUUCUUCUCCGCCAACACACACUCGCACACUCAUAUAUAUAUAAACACAUACACAAACCUGUAUUGCGUCCAUACAUAAAUAUACACACGCAGAGAUUAAUUAAUCUCUCUGUUAUCGGCAGUGAGCUCUUGAUUGAAUUUUGGCGAUACGCAAAGGCUUUCAUUUUGAUUGCUGAUUUGCCGGUGGUUGUUAUCUUAAUCCAACAGGAUGAUGGAGAUGAAUGACCGCAAAAAGAUUGGGCUAGGAUUGACCGGAUUUGGGGUCUUUUUCUCAUUUCUUGGAGUGAUGUUCUUUUUUGACAAAGGACUAAUGGCUAUAGGAAAUAUCCUAUUUGUAUCAGGAGUGAUGUUAACCAUUGGUUUGAAGUCCUCCCUACAGUUCUUCAUGAAACGUAGCAAUUUUAAGGGAACAAUAUCUUUUGGUUUUGGGUUUUUCUUUGUUAUCAUUGGAUGGCCCAUUAUUGGAAUGAUUUUAGAGGCAUAUGGAUUUGUUGUACUCUUCAGCGGAUUUUGGCCUACUCUGGCAGUUUUCGUGCAGAAGAUACCUAUUAUUGGUUGGCUGUUCCAGCAGCCAUUUAUUAGAUCCUUUUUUGAUAGUUACAAAGGUAAACGGAUGCCUGUAUAACCAUAGCGAAUUAGUUACUAGUACUGCCAUGGACAGGGCAUGUGAGAGAAAUUUUUUGAGGAACUCAUGGAUGGUUUGCAGCACGUCAACAUUCACCCAUCAGAUGUAACAAUCAUGCAUACUCAGUAGAACGAUUCUUUUAUUGGCAUAGACAUAAUUCCUUAUUCCUCGCUAGAGAUGGCAGCAGAUUUCUACGUCUCUUGCAGCAGAGCAAGUCUCAUUAUAAUAGUCAUCAAUGUCUGUAGUUUUUCCUGUAAUUCUUGUUGCUUGGUGGCGAAAUUAGAAAUUACAUCAAGCACUAUUAACCUUAUGUCUCUUCUCUGAAAAUAUGUCACUAUCUUGUUAAAUUUCUAGUGCACCUUUAAUUUUAAAGUUUGGACAUUCAGAAGCACAA